AUGAAUACUAAUAGUUUGCCCCCAGUUCAUCCAGGGGAAAUAUUGAGGGAUAGAUUAUUAAAACCCUUGAAUAUUAACCCUACUGAAUUAGCCAAAGAAUUAAAAUUUUCUGAAAAAGAAUUAAAAUUAGUUUGCGAAGGAAAAGUUAACGUUACUUCUGAUUUGGCUCGUCGCUUAUCUAUUUAUUUUGAUACUUCGGUUGAGCUUUGGUUAAACCUGCAAAAGAGUUAUGAAGAAGAGUUGGAAGAACGAAAAUUCAAAUUAUUAAAAAAAGAAAUCAAACCUUAUACCUAUAAAGAAAGCCGAGGAGAUAAAUUAGCCGAAAAAAAGGUUCAAGUAAGGGUUGCCGGAAGAAUUUUGCGUUUGCGGCUAAUCUUUGCUUUACUAAAUGACCAAGAAGCAAUUAUUCAAUUAAUGUUCAGCCAAAACAAAAAAUUUAAAGAGAUAAAUAUUGGCGAUAUCGUUGGUAUUGAAGGAGUGGUUUGCAAAAGUCAAAAAGGAGAAUUAAGCAUUAAAGUAAACGAUUUUGUUCUUUUAAACAGAUGUUUAAAGCCCCUGCCAGAUUUACAUUACGGUUUUGCCAAUAUUGAGGAAAGAUUUCGCAAACGUUAUUUGGACUUAAUUAUUAAUCGACAAAACCGAAAAAUUUUAAUUCAAAGGUUUCAAAUUAUCAACAGUAUUCGCGAAUUUUUGAACCAGCGAGGAUUUGUUGAAGUAGAAACACCAAUUUUAGUUUCGGCUGCCUCAGGUGCCCAAGCUAAGCCUUUUACUACUCAUCAUAAUAAAUUACAAAGAGAUUUUUACUUACGAACUGCUACGGAAAUACCCUUGAAAAUGCUUUUAGUUGGUGGUUUGGAAAAAGUUUACGAAAUUGGUCGAAUUUUCCGUAAUGAAGGAAUUGAUGCUCGCCAUAAUCCAGAAUUUACUACUGUAGAAAUUUAUCAAAGUUAUGAAAAUGCUGAGUGUAUGAUGAACUUGACCGAAGAAUUAUUUCAUUAUUUAACCCAGGAAGUUCUCCAAAAAGAAGAGUUUGAAUUUAAUUCUCAAGUUAUCAAUCUCCAAAAACCUUUCCGCAGAAUGUCAAUGACGGAAGCGAUUAAAGAGCAUGUAAACAUAGACUUCACAAAAGUAAAUAGUUUAGAAAAAGCAUUAGAAUUAGCCCAAAAGCAUAACUUAAAACUAGAAAAUUUUCAAAAAAGCAUCGGACAGAUUAUUUUGAUUUUUUUUGAAGAAUAUGUCGAAAAAAAAUUAAUUCAACCGACUUUUAUUUAUGAUUAUCCAAUUGAAGUUUCGCCACUAGCCAAAAGUAAAACAGACAAUAAAGAUAUAGCAGAUAGAUUUGAAUUAUACAUCGGAGGAUUAGAGUUUGCGAAUGGUUAUAGCGAGUUAAAUGACCCAAUCGAACAAAAAAAAAGAUUUGAAGAACAAACUAAACAAAAAGAGUUAGGCAAUGAAGAAAUUGCUAGUUUUGAUAAGGAAUUUUUGGAAGCCUUAGAAUAUGGUAUGCCACCGGCCGGCGGAUUAGGUAUUGGAAUAGAUAGGUUAAUUAUGUUAUUUACCGGUCAAAAUAGUAUUAAGGAAGAGAUAGAGGAAGUAGAUUUAAAACCCGAAAUUUUUUCCAAAGAAGCAGAAAUGAGGGAUUUUUUUGCUGAAAAUGAUAACUUAAAUAAAAUUUUUCCUUCCCUUCAUUUUUUAGUAAAAGAAUAUCAAGUAAGAAAAAAUAGUUUUUUUGAUACAAUUGCUUUCAACCCAAACAAUAAAAGUUUUGUUAUCAUUGAAUACAAGUUAGAAAAUGAAAGUGAUAAACUAAACCAAAUCUUAAAAUACAUAAAAUCCUUAAAUGACAGCCAAAAAAUCUUGGUUAGUUCUCAAUACGAAGGCGAGGAAUUAAAAAGACUUGCCAGUUUGGUUAAAAUAGGAUGUGUAAAAAUAAAAGAAGAUAAACACCUUUAUGUAGAAACUGACGACAAAGAAUUAUUGAAAUUAAACACAAGGAGAAAAAAGAAAGGGGCAGUUGAAAAACCAAAUCAAAUGCUAAAAAUAGACACGAAAAAGAGGAUAAGAGAAUUAAGUGAUUAUCUAAAAAAAUCUCAUUCUUCUUUGCGCGAAAAAGCCAUGAAUGUUUUUGGAAGCGGGUACAUGACUUACAUUUAUUAUUAUAACAAAAAGUUGCUUCUUUCUCUUGUUUCUAAAAAAGAAAGUAUUAAAAUCCUUUUGAAUUUACAGAAGCUAGCAGAGAAAGAUAAAAAAGAACUGGAGAGCGAAUUUAAGUUUCAAAACAACAAAGGAGCUUAUAAGGAAGAAUUUGAUAGUGAAUAUAUUAUUGACGAUGAAAAAAACUUCAAAAAAAGUUUUGAUUUGUUAAAAGUUCCCCAAGAAUUGCGAAAAUACUUAGAACCUGGUCAAAAAUAUGUCAAGCAAUUAUUUUCUUAUCUAUGGCAAGAAAAAUCUACCAAAAUUUCUUCUUAUUAUACCUUUGAUUUAAUUUCAGAAAAAGAUCUCUUUUAUAAUGUAAAUUUAGGGAAGGGCGAACUAUCUGACUCUUUAAAUGUUGAUAGCUUAAUCGACAGUGGAAAAAAAUUUCGAGACCUAAAAGAUAUUUCAGAAAAGGAUUCCAAAAUUUUGUUUAAUCAAUUUUUAACUAUUUUGAGAAUUAAUGCAAUUUCUGACAAAUCUAAUGCUUUUGAUAAAAUUAUAAAUCUCUUUAUUGCUAAGGUUUUUGAUGAACUAGGAGAAGACAAGCAAUUUGAGAUAAGAACAAAAGAAGAAGAUAUAAUUAACUUUGAAGGUUUAAAGUUCCAAUUUCUUGACAUUGACACCGAUGAGAGUUUUAUGAAGAGGCUUUAUGAUCUCUAUAAGGAGGGAAUGAGGGAGUAUUUGCAAAAAGAAAUAAUAGAUUAUUCUGACUAUGAAAUACUUACUCUUUUAAACUCAAAAAAGAGCCGAAAAAUUUUAGAGAUGGUUGAUGAUUUAAGGUUAAAAAAAGACAAUACUUUUGCUUUUAUUGAAGUUUUUGACAACAAAACAUUUAAGGAUAACUGCCUAAUUGUUAAAGAAAUAGUUAACUUACUCGCCAGUUUUAAAUUUAGAUAUGCCGAUAAGUCGAAGUCGCUAGGAGAAUUCUUUGAAGAUUUAUUAAAUACAUCUUUGAAACAAGAGGCCGAUUAUGUUUUUGGGAUUGGGAAAGACUAUAGAUUGGCCAAAACAACUAAAAUUUCUUUGUUUUUAAAUGGUGAUGGUGAGGCAAAAAUAUUGCAUGCUGACGGCAUUAAUAAAUUUUCUUGUGAAAAUUAUCAAAAGACAAUACUAUCUUCUAAUGAAAAUAAGAAUGAAAAAUUUGAUUUUGUUGUUUCUAAUCCUCCUUAUUCUGUGCAGGACGACACUUUUGAAUUACUUGAAGAAAUUAACGAAAAAGAUGCUAGAAUAGAAAUAAUAUUUGUCGAACGAACCUAUCAAUUACUGAAAAAAAAUAGAUUUGCAGCCAUAAUAUUGCCACAAACUUUUUUAUCACAAGAAAAAUAUGCUAAAACUAGGAAAUGGCUGUUAGAAAGAUUUGAGAUUUUGUCGUUAUUUUGUAGCGCUGAUAGCACUUUUGGUUAUACUACCACCUCGCCUUGCAUUCUUUUUUUAAAAAAAAAGAUACAAAUUAGCAAGCACUUGAGCGAAGAUUUAAAUUAUAAUAUCUUUUUGGUUAAUUCGCCAAAGAUGUUUCUAGCUUCUAAGAAUACGAAAGAAACAUUAAAAAAAGAAAGAGAAUUUUUAGGCUAUGAAUUUAGCCAAUCAAGAAACAAAAGUGGAAUUAAAAUACUAAAUAACAAUCUUGUAAAAAAAUAUUCUAAUCAUGUUAACAAUUUUUUUUUGAAUAAAAAAGCGCAUUAUUCUGAUAGCAACUCCAGGACAGUUUUAAUAAGUGCAAACUAUAUAGAAAAUCUCGAAUAUGUUGAAAUCGGAAAUCUUCAAAACAAUCAAAUUACUGGUUCUUUUAAGAAGGGCAAAACUUCUUAUAGAAUCGCAAAAAAAGGAGACAUUCUAAUUUCUUCUUUAACUCCUUCUAAGCAAAAAGUUGUUUUGGUUGAAAAAGAUUAUAAGGUUAGUAAAGCAAUACAUGUUUUAAGUUUUCAAAAUCCUACUCACAGAAAAUACAUUUAUGAAUACUUGUUAGAGAAUAGGAACAAUAUUUUUGAAGUCUUUAACUCUUUGCUAGAUGGUUUCAAGAUAACUUACUCAAAAAUUACAAAAAUAACUUAUAUGGAUACAGAAAAAUUAGCAAAAUUAAAAGAAUUACGUUCGCAAAUGGAAGGAGUUAGUAUUAAAUUUUGUCAAGAAGCUUUGGAGAAAAAUAAUUAUGACUUACAAUUAGCCCACCAAUGGUUAGAAGAAAAAGCCAAACUUUUUAGGAAAGAUUUAGGAGGCGAAGAACAAAAGCAAAAAUUUGGUAUUGUAGGCAUUAAAGAAAAAGGAAAGAAAAUAGUGGCUUUUUUGCUUACUUAUAAGGAUCCCUCUAUUCCUUCAGAUAAUAAACAAUUUCAAGAGGUGGUGGCAAAAAUCGAAGACAUUCUUUUAGAUAAUUUUUCUGAUCUCUACGGAAAAAGUAGUUGGGCGUUACCCUCAACCGCUCGGGAAUUAUUAGAUAAAUUAUCAUUAAUCACAAAAGACAAAGAAAUUAAUUUAGAAAAAUGUCGCUUUUUUCAGCAAAAAGACCAGGAAAAACUAGGAAUUUACCUUCACCAUAAUAAAAAAAUUGGGGCUUUGGUUUUAAUUCAAGGAGGAAAUGAAGAAAUUGCCCAUGAACUAGCCCUUCAAAUAGUAGCUAACAAACCACGAUUUCUUUCACUGGAUAGUAUUCCCCGAGACAUUUGGGAAAAAGAAAGGCAAAAAUUCUUAGCCCAAGCCCAAGAAGAAAAUCCAGAAAAAAAGCCAGAGAUUAUUCAAAAAAUUGUGCAGGGCAAGUUGGAUAAACAAUUAACUAACGCUUGUUUUUUUAGAACAAAGCAAUUUCCGUGA